UCAGUCGAUCGUUGGCUGCGACCGUAGGAGGACAGUAGAAUCGACAAUCGCAUGCUAUUUGAGUGUAAAUCGGGAUUGGUUGACGGUUCUCCCGUAAGCCCCACCUACCAGGUGGUCGUUCGAAAGUGUAGUUGUGUAGUUCCUUACGGCGAAACGACGGGCGCUGCUCUCUCUUGAACGUAUCCAAUCGCGAGAAAAUCUGAAAUGAGACGUAUCGGUACGCUAAUAUGUGACGGUUGAGAGAAAACGAGGACCAGGAACGUGUGAGAGGGUGGUCUACGCGCGGGUGUUACCACUUUCGAAGCGUGACGAAGAAAACGAACCGCGUAAAGAAGUGGCAAAGGUGGAGAUCGUGAAAAAGAUCCGCGUCGAAAAACAAAAGAAAACGCGUGUGUGCCAGAGCUUCGUGUAAGAAGAAUCCUCUAUUUCGGGGGGGGGUUGUAUAUCUUUUUCUCUCUUUUUUUGUGCCUCUCUACCUUCUUUUUUUCUUUCUAUUUCUCUUCGUCUUUACUCGAUUUGUUCCGAGUGAAAGUAUCAUUGCGGCAAGUGUUUUCUCACCGUGUAGUAUGCGCCGUUUCGUAUCGCGGGGUAACAAGUAGAGGUAAAAAAAAGUGUUUCGUUUAACCAACAAGGACGUCAGCUGUGUGCGCUUUUACGAGGGGGACGUGUGCGAGAGAGAACCCACUGUUGAGAGACAGAGAAAUGGCGGCGCUGGUGGCAGGUGUCCAGUAUGGUUUGUCGUCGCACAGUAAUUUUCACGAAAACAAGUCCCUGAUCUUCGUGAAACUCACCGACUCGGCGCAACGUGCCAUCGAGGACUUUCUCAGAAAUCGGAACAAGACCAGCCAGAACCCUACUAUACAGUUCCUAGGAAACGAAGGGCAAUUGUCCUUCCCAUCUACGCAAUCCAGCCAUGGAUCAGCAGGCUUUACGUUUAGUCUUUCUGGCAAUCAAGACAUUGAGGGUCCUCAGGGUGGUUUCGAAUGCAUCCAACAAACAGGCCCUAAAAGCCUGGAGAGUCUUGGCGCAUUGCCGUGUAAAAUGCGGAUACAGGCGAACGACGAUGUGUACGAGACAACCAGGCAUCGCAUGGCUGUCGCCGAGGAGAAUAAUAAGAACAAAUGUACUAGAGUUAUCAAGCCAAAUGGACCGGAUAUUGGUCGCAAGGUGAAGGUAAAAUCGACUGGAAAACCCAUACCAUCGUCAUCAUCAAAUUCAAGACACAGGGAAUCAACAAGCAUUCCAACUUCUGGAAGUCAGGCUAGACUGUCGUCUUCCUCUUACAAACCGGCUAAUCCAGCAGCAGCUCGAAGCCAACCGGAGAAAAAAAUCCCCGACAUUAUGCGCAGACCAUUAAAAGAAAGACUUAUUCAUCUUCUUGCUUUAAGGCCAUAUAAAAAACCUGAACUAUAUGAUCGUAUAAAUAGAGAGGGUUUAAAAGAACGAGAGCGUAACAUCAUGACGACAAUCUUAAAGCAAGUAGCUUUUAUGAGGGAUAAUACGUAUCAUUUGCACAGAUAUGUUUGGAAUGAUGUGCAAGAAGACUGGCCUUAUUAUACCGAACAGGAAAAGGCAAUGUUAAAAAGGAGAAAACCUCAAAAUCUAACACCUCCUGGUUCCAGUGAUGGUGGAUCAAGUGGCAGCGGACAAUCACCGAAUUCCACUCAUCCAGGUUCACCGCCGGCAAUUACAGCACCACCUCCAUCUUUGUUGAACAAUAAGCGACCAGGAUAUUAUCAGGGAAAUGAUGGAUUACCGACGAAGAGACCACGGAUAUCCCAUUAUAAGAAGUCAGAACAAAAUUCUGGAUCGUCGAUCACGGGAGAGAACGGAAGGACGGCUGGUAGUGGUAAUAGUAAUAACAGUGUUAGUGUUGUUUCUGGAGCUGGUAGUACUAGUGCUAACGGUGGCAGUAGUAGUAACAGCGGUGGUGUGGUUGAUGGUUGGGAUCAGAGACAGCAUCAACGUGAUCGUCGUGGCGAUUAUCGGCCCGAAAGAACAGCGAAUAGUGACGUGCUUCGAAGCAGCAGCUACAGCACUGGGAAACCGUGCUUGACACCAACCAGUGACAGUGAAGAAAUCAAUCAAACUGGUCAUCGGGAUGGAAUCAUUACAAGCACCGGUUCAUCCGGAAACAACACAGCUAAUUCGGCCACUGGCCAUAAUUCUCAUAGUGUAACCCAUAGUAAUUCUUUGAGCGGCAAUCGUCAUCAUACCGGCAAGACGGCGAUACUCGGUACCGAUACCGGGAAUUCUGGGACGGAUUAUGUGACGCGUCUUAUGCCAAGUGUCGUGAGUGACGGUGGUAGUGCAAGUAGUUUUAGUGGUAGUUCGAAUGGAAUACUCGCUGAUAGGAGAGACAGAAGCGACAGGAAUGACAGGAGCCGCGCUAGCGAAAGGGAUCGUGACUCAAGAAAGAAAAGCAACGGGACAGGUGGUAGCUCUUACAAUGACUUAUCUGCUUCUAAUUACACCGCUACUGAGGAUAAUACUGUCAGUACAUCGUCUUGUGCUCUUGAAUUGCCUGAAAGUCCUAAGUCAUCAGAAUAUCCGGACUACCUCACGUAUUACACGACAAUAAGUAGUUCAGAACAGAGAAGACGUUACAAAGCAGAAUUUAAUGCUGAUUAUGAAGAGUAUCGACGGUUGCAUGCUCAAGUAGCAAAUGUAUCUAAACGGUUCACGCAGCUUCAGGAACGUUUGAAACAAGAAGAAGCCUCUGGGAACUGGGAAGAGUACGAGGAAGUAAGACGGCAAAUUUUGCAUGACUAUAACGAAACUAAACGGGACCCUGUACAUAAAGAAAUAAAACGUCGAUUUCAUUAUCUGCACGAGAAGCUAAGUCACAUUAAACGGCUAGUAUUGGAGUACGAUACGCAAAACUGUGGCGGUGGGAUGACAAGCAGCAGUAACGCUAAUGGUAGCAACGAAAUUAAGGAGAUGGAUAGUUUGCACUACUGACACAAACUGAAAAGGCCGCCUCUUAUAUUCAACCUUUUCUCAAUUGUCGGUACGUUACUGUCUUCGUUGUCGCAGAAUUUGCAUUUUCUCGGCAUGUUCCAAGGCUGAUCUAAACGGUCCAUAUGGUUCCUGGUUCUGUCGUCGAAAAAAAAAGUCAAGUACUGUCUGAGCCGGGGUUGCAACAAACAAGAACCUUCAUGCUGUUGUUAAAAUUGCGAAAGUCGAAGAUUUCUCUUCUAUAAUUGAUUUGUGCGCGCGACUGUGAUGAUCUCUUCGACUUGCGCUUUUGUGUGAUCGCGAGCGAUCGUCGUGACGCGCUUGCGUGCUACUUCGACCAAUGGUAACUACAUCGAUAAAGGGGCUUUUUAACGACAAUCGGUACGUUUUGGGGGAAAAAAGGAAAUGAAAAAAAAAAAGGAAUGAAAUAAAAGUCCAUCCGAAGAGAGAGAGAAAACAAUGAGAAAAAGGGCAUUCGCGAAGAGCUAGAUAUAAACGCUCGAACUGAAAUACAUAGAAACGUAUUUCUUCGAGAACUCUAAUUCUAUCUCCUACGAGGGAUAAAAAAAAGAAUAAUAGAAUAAAAAAAUAAAAAAAGAAGAAUUGAAAAAGCAGUAAUUAACUCUAUAUAAUUAGUUACUUACUGUGCGCACGUCCAAGUGUGUCGUCCAGUUUAAGAAUUAGAUUAAACAAACAAAAAAAAAAAAAAAAUACAAAUGCGAAUGCGAGAAGAGGGUCCAAAAGUUAGUAAGGGCUUAUCAUGUGCCACGUCCGGAAAAGACUAUAUUUCUUUUUUCUGCCGGCAGGAAAAAAGAAAAAGACUAGCACAGACUGUCCACAAACUGCCGUGAAUCAUAUAUAAGAUCUGCUACUCGCCAAUUUCUUUUUGUUCUUUUUUUUCUUUUUUUUCUUUUUUUCUUUUCUUUUUUUUUUUUUUUAUUUUAUGUUUGUUCAAAGAGUCUCGUUAGAAUUAUAAACAAAUGAAUUAUUAAUUUUUCUGCUAAGAGAGAGAGAUCAUUUAUGCUUCACAAAUCUAAAAUGAUUCUUUGUUAUUUCUUCGUUCUCUUUUUUUUUUUUCUUCACCACUCUGUCUGCACUGUAUAUCGUAAAUAUAGUUGCUAUAUCUUUACUAAAUCAACACAAAAAUGGCACAAGUUGGGAAUCAAUCUUGCAACAAUUAAAAUAAAAUUUAAAAAAAUUAAAAGUGAAAAAAAACGUAAUAAACAAAAAAAAGGAAGAAUGAGAAUACAUUAAAUACUUUUUAGAUUUAUCUGCCAUAAAGUGAUAUAACAAAGCGAAUCACUGUGCGGUUAAUGCAGUUUGCAUAGUGCAUAUUUUUCAUUUUAGAAGAAACAGAAUUGAAGUUAGAGAAUGGAAAAUGGAAACAAAAUGGACCUUGCCCCUUCCAAAUCACGCGAUCGCUCGUAGUGGUUCCGGUUGUGUAUAUCGUAUGUUAGGGUAAAUCCAUUUUAUACGAUUUCGAAAAUCUUAUUAGUCACUGAAAGAAAGAAUGCUCAGCGCCAUCAUCGAUAUGAUCAAACAUUUCAUACGCAGCAAAAUAAAAAUACAAAAAAAUAUACAUACAUAUAUAUAUAUAUAUAAGUGAAGUAAGAAAAAGUAAAACAAUAAAAUCGAAAUAUUAAAAUAAAUAAGUUUCAUAGUAAUUAUUAUUAAUAGUCGUCAUCGGCGAUAAAUAUAUAGUAUAUAAUAUGUUGUACAGUGUGCGCCAAUUUAUUACGCGUAUGAAUAUCUUCUUCGUGUAAUUAAUAUUAUUAUUAUGACGAUAAAUACUAAUAUAAUUAUUGAUGCUACUGCUAUCAUUAUUGUUCGAAUAGUUAGGUAGAUAGAUAUAACGCAAAUUUUUUGUUAGAGAAAAAUGAAAGAAACGAAAAACGAUGUUAAAUCAAGCUAAUGUUUUCCAUCGAAUGUGUAACGAAAGUUUACAAUGUUAAAGUUUUUAAAAUAUCUUUUUAUCUGUUUAUUAUGUUAUUUUUGAAAUCGAAUGCAUAAGCAUAUUGGAUAAAUUUUAAAUGUAGUAAUUUUGAAUGUGUCCUUUUAUGCCAUUGCCUUUAAUUUUUUCGUUUUUUUUUUUUUUUUUUUUUUUUCUCUUUUCAAAUUGAUACGCAGUUGCCUUUUAUAUUUGUAUACGAGAUGAGUGUUUUUUAUUUCGCGUUUUUGUUUCACAUUCAGUAAGAAUUUGCAGAUAAUUGCGAGUGCUUUGUGAUAGAAAGUGAAAGAAUCGAGAAAGAAUAAUAUAAAGAAAGAGAAUUUGGCACGUAUUAAUUCAAUAUAUUGCGUAUACAUCGCCAUUUAUGUGAAUGAAAUUUGUAUGAUAUUGACGAUCUUAAGAAUUUAAAUAUUGGUAUAUAGGGUUUUACACUCUUAUAGGAUACAUGUUUGAACUUUCUUCUUCCAUGUAGUGUUUUAAAAUGCGAAAAUAUUAUAAUUUCAAUUUAAAAAUUAUUUUAUAAUAAUUUUUUUCUUAUAGAUAUAAAUUUAAUUUAAAAAAUGAAUUCUUUGAUUUGAUCUGUCUCGUUUAAAUAUUAUAUCAGUUUUAUGUUUCUUCUUUACAUAGUCAUUUAGGUUUAUAGAAACAUAUUUUGAGAAUUAUUAGAAAAUUAAAAUUGAAUAUUAAAACAUCCAAUAUUAUUACAACUCUUUUUUAGUAAUGAAAGGAUAGUUAAGCUUGCCUUAAAUGAAGUCCUUGUUAUAUUUUUACUGAAAUUUUAUCGUACAUCGUUAUUUGCGCUUUGAGUUUUCUUUUUUUUUC